AUGCGUCUCAGCAUCGCUCUCUUCCUCCAAGCAUCACUCCUCGUCACUGCGACAACGCUCGAGGAUCUGACAGCUUGUCUCCGCUCUGCAUCUGUUCCUAUUGGUUCUUCCCUUACAUCGUACAACCGUCGCGUUCCCGUCAAACCCAUCCUCGUUGCUGCCCCUACCACGGUCCAACACAUUUCUUCAGCGGUGUCCUGCGGCGCAAAAUAUGGCGUCAACGUCAAUGCCAAGAGCGGAGGCCAUAGCUACGUCUCUUCUGGUCUCGGUGGUGAAGAUGGGCAUUUGGUCAUCAAUCUAGAUCGCAUGUACGCUGUCACAGUUGCAAGCGACGGCACCGCCAAAGUCCAAGCUGUCAAGAAUAGUGUCGGGAUUGGCGGCCAUGCCCUUCACGGAGGCCACGGCAUGGUCUCUCGAAAGCACGGGUUUGCCAUGGACUGGGUCAAAGGCGCGACUGUGGUCCUUGCCAACGGCACCAUCACACGAUGCUCAGCAACCGAGCGACCCAACCUCUUCUGGGGCAUCCGGGGCGCAGGCUCAUCGAUGGUCGUCGUUGCGGAACUCGAGUUCAACACGUUUGCGGCGCCUGAGAGGUUGACGUAUUUUGACAUCGAUCUGACUUGGAACACCCAAAAGGUAGCCCAGGUUCUCUUUGAUACGCAGGAAUUCGCGAAAGGAAUGCCGGCAGAGUUGACUAUGGCGUUUACCUUCAACAACGACGGUUAUUAUCUGCAUGGCGCUUAUGUCGGCGACGACGCAGCUUUUCGAACGGCUAUUCAGCCACUUCUGACCAAAUUGAGCGUUAAAGUUUCAAGUUCAAAGACAGUCGGUUGGAUUGACUUCAUCAAACACUACGGAGACUCUGAUGAGAUUGACAUCACUACUCCCAACUACAGCGAGCACGACAACUCCUAUGCGUCAAGUCUCACCACGCCCGCCUUGACGAAGGCCAACUUGCAGUCCCUCGUUGACGCCAUCGCCAAGACGGGUUUCUCACUGAGCCGCACUUGGUUCGUCCAUAUGAACCUUCACGGGGGUGAAAAGUCCGCCAUCUCUAAACCUAUUGAUGCGGCUUACGCGCACCGAAACAAGAUGCUCAUGUUCCAGUUCAAGGAUAGUGCCCUCCUAUCUGGAACAUAUCCUAAGGAUGGGUAUUCUUUUCUUCAAGGUCUUAAGCAGAGCAUCACGAAAAAUUUGGCAAGCAGCGACUGGGGGAUGUAUGCAAAUUAUCCUGAUUCCCAGCUGAGUAGCACUGAUGCGCCCAAGCUGUACUAUGGGAGCAGUCUGAACAGGUUGGAAUGGAUCAAGGAGGACUAUGACCCGAAUGAUCUAUUCAGGGAUCUUCAAUCAGUCAAGCCAGCAGAGUGA